AUGGCAUCAAUGCACCCGGAAUACCAGCCUGACAACUUCUUUGCCGGUCCACUGGACUUCCCGUUUUGGCAGCAAGACGAGUCAUGCUUCAACAACUACGUUGAGCCUUAUGUUCCGGAGUAUACAUAUCCCUACCAUGACAACUCUUCCCAGUCGUCGUUUUCAUCUUUCAACGGGAGCAUGGUCUGGAUGGAGAGCUCUGAGCAGCUCCCCAGCCCAAACAAUCCUGUAACACCGCCAACUCCAACUGUCCCUACCCCCAUCCAGGCCACCUUGUCCAACACCAACCUGAAAGUCAUGGACACCCAGCACAAGGACAACAUAAUCACCAACCGGAAGCGAAAACAGCAAUCCGCGGCCAGCAUCAACUCAAAGUCAAGGAGAUCAUGCCGCUCUCAGUCAUCAUCGUCGUCCUUGAAGUCUGAGUACAGCAGCCAUGGCAUUGACCCCAACAUCAAGGAAGAAGUCAACUUAGAGCGCAGCCGCAAGGCAGCCAACAAAUUCAGAGAACGCCAGCGCAACGAAAUAGCGCAACUUGCAUCAGAAGAACACACUAUAGAGGACUCAAACCGCCAGCUACGCAGCAUGCUUAACGCACUUACGAGUGAGAUUCUUGCGCUCAAGAUGCAAAUACUCCAGCAUACCAAUUGCAACUGCAAGCUCAUACAGGCGUAUAUUAAUAAGGAAGCUCAUCAUUUUGUUCAAAGUUUAGAAGGAGUCGCGAAUGCCUAA